UGCCCCGCGCGCCCGCAGUCCCGCAGUUCGCUGCGCGUCCCGCCGAGGGCAGUCGGUCGGCUCGCCAUGCUCCUGCUGCUGGGGCUGUGCCUGGGGCUGCCGCUCUGCGCGGGGUCCUCGGAAGAGGCGCGGAGCCGGGGUGGCCCUUCGGAGCGCGUUGAACUCCGGGUCCCAAGGCAAGUAAGGCUGUUGCAAAGACUGAAAACCAAACCCCUGAUGACAGAAUUCUCGGUGAAGUCCACCAUAAUUUCUCGCUAUGCCUUCACUACGGUUUCCUGCCGGAUGCUGAACAGGGCUUCGGCGGACCAGGAAAUUGGGUUUCAGAUGCAGAUUCCAGGUGCAGCUUUCAUCACCAACUUCACCAUGCUUAUUGGAGACAAGGUGUACCAGGGAGAAAUUACAGAGAGAGAAAAGAAAAAUGGUGAUAAAGUAAAAGAGAAAAGGAAUCAGACUGCAGAAGAUAAUGGGGAGCAGGGGACUGAGACGUUCAGAGCCUCUGCGCUGAUUCCCAGCAAGGACAAGGCUGUCUUCCUCCUCAGUUACGAAGAGCUCUUGCAGAGGCGGCUUGGGAAGUACGAGCACGCUGUUAGCGUGCGCCCCCAGCAGCUGGUGGGGAGGCUGACUGUGGAGGUGGAUGUCCUGGAGAGGUCGGGCAUCAGGGCGUUGGAGGUGCUGCAGUUCCGGAGCAGUCGGCGGAAGGGCGGUGGGAAGGGGGCAGAUGAUUCUGGGCCUCCUCCUUCUACUGUUAUCAGCCAGAAUGAAACUUUCGCCAAAGUCAGUUUUAAGCCUAGUGUGGUACAACAAGCCAAGAUUGCCCAGAACGGCAUUUUGGGAGAUUUCAUCAUUCGAUAUGACGUCAGUAGGGAACAGAGCAUUGGGGACAUCCAGGUUCUAAAUGGCUAUUUUGUGCACUACUUUGCUCCCAAAGACCUUCCUCCAUUACCCAAGAAUGUGGUAUUUGUGCUUGACAGCAGUGCAUCCAUGGUAGGAACCAAACUCCGGCAGACCAAGGAUGCCCUUUUCACGAUUCUCCACGACCUACGACCCCAGGAUCAUUUCAGUAUCAUUGGAUUUUCCAACCGGAUCAAAGUGUGGAAGGACUAUUUGAUAUCAGUUACUCCCAACAACAUCAGAGACGGCAAAGUCUACAUCCACCACAUGUCGCCCAACGGAGGCACAGACAUCAACGGGGCCCUGCAGGAGGGCAUCAGGCUGCUCACUAGCUACGUGGCCCACAACGACAUUGAAGACCGCAGCGUGUCCCUCCUUGUCUUCUUGACGGAUGGGAAACCCACUGCCGGGGAGGUCAACACCGUCAAGAUUCUCAGUAACACCAGGGAGGCCGCCCGAGGCCAAGUCUGCAUCUUCACCAUCGGCAUUGGCAACGACGUGAACUUUAAGCUGCUGGAGAAGCUGUCGCUGGAGAACUGUGGCCUCACGCGGCGUGUUCAGGAGGAGGACGACGCGGGCUCACAGCUCAUCGGGUUCUACGACGAGAUCAGGACCCCUCUGCUCUCUGACAUCCGCAUCGAAUACCCCCCCGGCGUUGUGGAGCAUGCCACCAGAACCUUGUUCCCCAACUACUUCAAUGGCUCUGAGAUCGUCAUUGCUGGGAAGCUGGCGGACAAGAAGACGGAUCAACUGCACGUGGAAGUUACAGCCAGCAAUGGUAAGAAAUUUGUCAUACUGAAGACAGACGUGCUCAUGGAGCCCCAGAAGAUGGGGAGUGGUGUCCCAGGAAGCCCCAGGCCCACGGGUGAUGGCCCCGGGGACCGCAACCACCUGGAGCGUCUCUGGAGCUACCUGACCAUGAAGGAGCUGCUUAGUUCCUGGCUGCAGAGUGACGACGAGCUGGUGAAGGAGCAGCUGAGGCAGAAGGCGCAGGCUCUGGCGCUGAGCUCCCGCUUCCUCACCCCGUUCACCUCCAUGAAGCUGAGGAGACCGGCACUGCGCACGGAGCUGCCAGAGGACUCCUACCACAUGUCCGCAGUCACUGGGCCCGAAACGGUGGUCCAGGGCCUGCGAGGCACCAGCCUGCAGCCAGGACUUGCUCUCAAGAAACCACAUAACCCAAGAAUUAAAGUCUCCAAAACAUCAGCGGAUGGAGAUCCCCACUUCGUUGUGGAUUUCCCCUUGAGCCAGCUCACAGUCUGCUUCAACAUCGAUGGACAGCCCGGGGACAUCCUAAGGCUGGUCUCUGAUCAUGCAGACUCCGGUGUGACAGUGAACGGAGAGUUGAUUGGGGCCCCUGCUCCCCCAAACGGCCACAAGAAACAGCGAACUUACUUCCGGACCAUCACCAUCCUCGUCAAUCAGCCCGAGAGGUCUUACCUUGAGAUCACACCAAACAGAGUCAUCUUGGAUGGCGGGGACAGGCUGGUCCUUCCCUGCAACCAGAGUGUGGUGGUGGGGAGCCGGGCACUGGAGGUGUCGGUGUCGGCCAAUGCCAGUGUCACUGUCACCAUCCAGGAUACCAUCGCCUUCGUCAUCCUCAUUCACCUCUACAAAAAGCCAGCCCCCUACCAGCGAAAUCACCUGGGCUUCUACAUCUCCAACAGCAACGGCCUUUCCGGCAACUGCCACGGCCUGCUAGGUCAGUUCCUGAACCAGGAUGCCAGACUCACAGAGGAACCCAGUGGGCUCAGCCAGAAUAUUACCGACCCUCCAUUCCGUGAGGCAGGAGAAAGGCCGGAGGCAGUCCUAAAGGUGAAAGGGCACCGAGUCCCAGUGGUCUGGAAACAGAGGAAAAUCUACAAUGGGGAAGAGCAGGUGGACUGCUGGUUUGCCAGGAAGGCCGCCAGCCUGGUUGAUGGGGAGUACAGAGACUACCUGGCCGCCCACCCUUUUGACUCAGACACCACAUUUGGCCCUGGAAUAGCCAGGGGACUUGGACACUAGCAGUCUUCCUGUAAUAGUGCCUGAGUCAGAAAUGGCCUUCAGGGACACCAUAGUGCGGUGUUUUCUGCUUGCAUGGGCCUUGUCACUUGGCAGCCACAAGCUGUGACUGACCCCUGGUGGCGUGUUGGUCUGACGGUGUCUUGCACAAAGGCUGGGGUCAGGAGGCUGCAGCGCAAACGUUACUUCCUCCUGCCUCCCCACCCCCAGCCCCCACCCACCUUCCAUAGAAAAGGUGGUAGCUCCAAGGGUGGAGGCCAUGGCUACAAGCAAGAAGUCUGUCUUGUGCCCCCUGGCUUGUGCAUCUCAUAGCCUAACGAGGGGUAACUUUGCUGAAGGGAGGUUUGUUUUCUCUGUGGAAAUGGCCACGUUUGGGCACGCUGCUUUUCGCCUUGUGUGAAUGCUUAGGCUUCUCUCUUCUUCGUUCUGCAGAUAUGUGGCCAACCUCAGGGGAGCCUCUCACUUGGCCCAGGCCACAAGUCAUGCAAAUAGCAUAUAGAUCUGAUCAUUGUAAACAAUUACCUCUUUUCUUAGGAGAGGAUUUUCCUGUGUUAUGAUAUCUUGCCCUAAAAAAUUACUUUACAUUUUUAAAGACUUGACUGAAAAUAGAAAAUCUACAUCCCAGAUACUGGUGCAUUUCUAAUGGGCUUUGUAAACCACUUGACUUUGCUGAUGGAUAAUCUCCUAUUUAUUCUGGUAAGCUAAGUGCUUUGAAUAAACAUGGACAACCCCAUGUGGAUGUUUCCUACUGGCCUGUCUAGGGGCUGGAGAGUCGGCCAGUUGAAUGAAGAAUCUCUUAGUUGGCGCUUGUCAGCCUUUGUCAUAAUUUGGGCCUCCUUUGCUCGUGGUCCUCCAGGAGUGGUAAUUAGGCUCUUGCAGUACUGGAAUGGGAGGUGGAGCCAGUGCAGGGUGUGUCCACCAGCCGACCUACAGGCAUCCACUUGUCCGUCCUCGGCAGGGAGUGCGGCCGUGCUCGCAAAAUCAGGAAGGCCCUCAGCAUCAAUCAGGCAGAGCCAGGCAAUCAGCAUGAGUAAGGGGCUUCAGUUCCACAACUUGGACCCAUCUGAUCCCAGGGAAAAGUGAGAAUCCAUUGGGGGGAUAGGGGGUGUCAAAAGUCAGUGCAUGCCACCCUUCUCAUGUGGGCGCCCCGCUGAGGCCUGAGCCCGUUCCCCAGGGCCCAAGGCUGAUGGUGGCACCACUGCCCUCCUUUCUUGCCUCCUCACCAGUUCUCGGGUUUCCAGUUUGGUUUUCUCAGGACGACCAGGUUCAGAAGGCCUGAAGCUCACGAGUGAGGAGCGAGCUCAGGAUAGCUGAAUGCGGGGACCGCUUGAGCCCAACUGCAGAGGAAGAUAGAUUCAUGCCAGAGAAAAGAAUAUUUUGAUGUGAGACCGAAUUAAAAGCUUUUGUGCUGGCUUCACAGGAGGCUUCUCCCAGGCAGGAGUGACUCCCGAGCAGGUGCUCACAAUUACGGUACAUACUGAGCACUUAGAGAGAAAUCAGAGUUAAGAAAAUUGUUUAUCACAGACCCUCUGUGGGAAACAGUUGAGCAGCAAAAUGCCAUCCACAUAUUCCUGCCAGACCAGGUGGUUUCAGGAGAUUGUUAGUGCCAGGGGAUUCUCCAGUUUUGUUUCAGAGUGUCAGUCUCUCCUUUCCUGGACCCCCAGACCAUGCCCUGCCAGCUGUGUUGCACAAAUUUUUGACCCCCAUCUUCCCAAACUCAGCUCCCCAUUUCCAUGCCAGCGGUGUGAAGACACCAGCCCAGCCUGCUGACAGAUGCUUCCAUAUUUCAGAGCUCAGAGGAAGAGGAGCAACAUCACACAGAGUUGGCCAGCACUUGGGUAGGCUCGUGGGGACCUGACUGGCAUAUAAACCUCGGGCCCAGCAAGCAGACGCCCCCAGGAGCCCAGAGGCCCAGCACUGUGCUCACAGGAAGAGCAGUGAUCUGGGUUCUGGGUGUAGGCUGCGCAAGGGCGGACAGGAGGCCACUGCUGGACAUUCACAGUUAGUGCAGCCUUUCUGAGCAGAGAACACUCCAGUGGGGUACCCGUCGCCGACUCUCCUGCUCAGAAAAGAUGUUUUUAAGGAUCAAGGUUGGGCUUUUGGUGUUUUUACUUCAGACAAAUCCCAUGUUUCUUUCUCCUCGUCAGCUCUCUAGCUCUUGUUAUUGCAAAAGAUAUUUAUUUACUAUUUGGUUUUCUGUUUUAGCCAGAGGUCUGUCAGGGGUCUGUCCCCGCCCCACAUGCAUGUUGCCUGCUCCGUCAUGCACCAGCCUCAGUGGCUGUUCCAUCCUGCUCCAUCUUCUAGAACAACCCAUCCACAGUUUUACCCGAAAACCUGCUCCCGUCUCACUGAGAAGGUGGCAGGUGGGGCUCCAUCCUUUUCUGUCCCCUAUCAGCGUGGCCCUGUGGUCACCGGAUGUUGUCUUUGUCCUUCCCAGUACAACUUUCACCCUGCGUUUGGAUCUCUCCCUCUCACUCCCUUUAUCGCCUUACUUUCUAGGCUCUUUUCCCAAUAGGUUUUUGCCUCUUGAUUUCAAACAUCAUCCCAGAAGUCUCCUGUGGUCUGAAACUGUUGUCCCUGAUUGAGCUCCUGUCUUGCCAAUGGGUUUCAGCCCUGGGCAAGUUCACUAUGGAUUCAAGGCGCUGCCUCUGUCUUCACGGUGUUGAUGGGACUGUGUCUUGGCUGUAGCGUUGCCGUCCCUGGUGCUGGGUCCCAGCUGUCAGUGUCUUCAGCCCCUGGUGCACGAGGAAGUCGGCAUCUUCCUCUUUUGAAAUGCUGAUGCUUUGCUUCUUUGGCGUGAUAAAAAAAACUUUCCUCAUCUCCUUUGCUGAAAUUCUUUCUGCCUCCUAACCCGUGGACUUACCUUGGCCCUGCACAGACAGUCCCUGGAUACAAACCUGCAGUGGUGACUCCUCAUCUGGGGACACUUCCUGUAGUUUUUCUGGCAUCACCGCAAACUCAGGAAUAAAAGCAAACUUCCCAUCUUCAAAAUGUCUAUAUUUUAAUUUUGAGUAUGUGGAAUAUGGGAUCCAGGAAGAAAGGAAGAAGUUGCAGCAACAGUCCUUUUCUAUUUGAUUGUUGCACAUAAAAGCAGAAAUGUGUGUGUAUGUGUAUGUGUGUGUGUGUGUGUGUGUGUGUGUGUGUGUGUGUUGGGUACAUUUCAUAGUGGCCAACUCAAAAUUAAUUUUUAUCAACACAGCAUUCUUCCUGAAAAUUCUCUGUUAAUCAUAUUAUUGUCUCAAAACAACAGCUGUGUUUGUGUAAGAGAAGGUCCAAUGUCCUGAUUGCCCACUGGGAACUUCUGGUUAUAUAAGAUGAAAAUCACAUGUACUAAGUUUAUUGACAUGUUAAUUAAAUAACUUCAUUGUACUAUCAGUACAAAACUCAUUAUAAAUACAUUUUAGUAUGCUUUUUAAAAAUGAAUUUUAUUGGAAAUGAAUAAGGGCAAUAUAGCAAAUACAGUGUUCCAGAUACUUGAGUGUAAAUGGGUGUAUGAGUGGUAGACAUACACUCUUUUAUCCUGUUAAAUUUCCUACUGGAAGGCUGCCUCACACUGCUAGGCUUUCCGCCAGAAGGAUAACGUAAGCUCUGUAAUGUUAUGGAAGGCUGAGAUCCAGCUUCUGUUCCAAAAGUUCACAUGGAAUGUUACAGAAGAAAUGAAUCUUUCCAGAGGAAGGCAAAGCAGUUCAAAGUCAGAAGGCUUGACUCGAAAGUGAAGUGUAUUUGCUUUUGAAGAAGGCCAGAGCCCAGGAAUAGUCUAGAAACUAAAAGUUCUAUACAACUUGGAGGCAACUAUUUUUCAGUCUCUUCAUCUGCCUUCCUAGAAAACAGAAACAAAGCAUUUCGAUAAUUUGUGAUAAAAACACCAUAUAAAACUUUGUAUAUUACUGAAGGAUGAUAAUGUUUUAAAUUGUUCAUGUCAUUUUCCCAGAAGAAAAAAUGCUUCAAAAUAAAUACAUUCACUUAUUCA